AUUUACAAUUAAAUUGAAUGUGGACAUUAUAAACAGAAGGGUUCCAAGCAUUGAUUGAAAUACAGCGACAAUGGCGCCUGUGAAGUUCGGAUUGUUCAAAGCCCGCAGCAAAGACCACCAGGAACAACCGUCUACAGAGAAUCUGCUGCAAGACAACAACAGCAAUUAUAAUGUUCCGGGCUCACCCGUGCCAUCUACAAGCAAAGGUCUGCAAGAAGAUCUCUCGCCUGGGAGUAUUUCCAUGCUCACUCUGGAUAGCGAUGAUGAGGAUGAUCUUCCCAGCGAGAGGAACUCUCCAGUCAGACGCGGCAGCGACGCUUGUAGGAUGGAUGCACAGAUAAAUUACGAGCUAUUAAAAAGUCAGACAUCUAUUGGCGAUGUUAGCAAUCUUAAUGAAUACGACGAGGUGGAACAGUACGAGAUGGAGGAAUUCCAACAGAAUAUAGACCUGGAUCCAGAUGGCACGUUGUGUGAUGCUAAUUCUUCAGAAUUUGACAUAACUUCAAUAACAGCGAGCAACCUCUCUAUAUACUGCGCCUCGCUUAAAAAACCAAAGAAGAGUAAAUCAAAGGAAGAACAACAAUUAAGAGAUUUUGACAUGUGGCAGGCGAGCAAUAUUGAAGUUAUGCAGAACCUUCUGAGCAGAAGUGGUACAACGGACGAGCAAAUAAAAUGGGAGGCGAUCGCGACCGCGCGCGGUCUGUGUACACUCAACGACACAUGCACUUGCAGCGAUUGUACCACGGCCAAAUACCUCGUGGGAUUCAAUGAUGGUGACGCAGGGAUGGCAGCCACACCACUCCUCAGCGCUAUCAGUGUUGGAUGUACUCUGCAGUGAGCAAGAUUGAACCCGACUGUACAGUCAACUGCAUAAAUAUGUAAACAGGAAACUUACACAAGCCGCCGGUUUCAAAAAUACUAUAGCAUGUAAGGUCGGAAGCGUACGGGCUGCCUGCAUAGUUUGUAAAUGUAUACACUUGUGCAGCUGACUGUAUUCAACCGACCGCAAUGUACAGUAUGAGCGUGACGGUAUGACAGUCGUUUGCACUGUACAGAGUGAGCGUAUGUACACACAGCAUUUGUACACUGCACUGUACCAUGUGGAAGUAAUUUAGCUGGUAUUAUACUCUUUAUAAAUGUCUACUGCACUGUACUAUUAACUUUUUUAUU